UUCUGUCUGAAGCAUGUUAGAAGUGGACAUUUAAAAGACGAAUUGGCAGAGCAGUGCGUUGCUGAAAAUACGCCUAUUAAAAAGGAAUAAUUGAAUUAGCGAAUUAAAUUCAAAACGUUUAUGGGUUUACAUCAGCGGUGUGGAAGAUUGACUUGUUGGUAUAAUUAAUUGAAUUUAUAAUUACGUAGUCAUUUUGGAAAUUAAGUGCAUAAAAACUAAAGGCCACAAAAUGCAUACAAAACCGGAAAUAAGUAUCCUCAAUAAACGCUACCGCAUGCAAAUACUCGCCACUUUAACAGUACACAUUAUGACCUUCGCUCAUGCCGCCGGCAUAGGUUGGCUUUCACCGACAUUGAAUAAACUCCAGUCGCCUGCUUCGCCGCUCCAUUUUCCGAUCACAACUGAAGAGGCCUCCUGGAUUGGUUCAGCCUUUGGAUUGGGUUACAUACCGGGAAAUAUUUUCUUUGGACUCACAAUCAAUCGAUUCGAUCGUAAAUUUAAUUUGUACAUUUUGGCCAUUCCACUAAUGAUGUUUUGGACGCUCAACUAUCUGGCGCAAAGUGUCGAAUAUCUGUAUGUGGGUCGUUUUUGUGCUGGCGUCACUAGCGCUGGAAUCUUUUUGGCUGUACCGCUUUUUAUAAGUGAAAUAUCCGAUAAAGAAAUUCGCGGGGCGCUCACUUCCAUGGUUAUGAUGUCCUUCAGUUCUGGCUUGCUAAUUGGUUACAUAAUGGCCACCUAUCUCAAUUACCACCUAAUAUGUUGUAUAAUCUUUGCACUACCCAUUAUUUAUCUCUUCGGUAAUAUAUUCCUUCCGGAGACACCUCAAUGCCUACUGAAACGUAGCUGUGAACAGCAGGCUAAGAUGUCAUUCAUCUUCUACAAAGGCAUUGAAAUUAAUGAUAAUGUUGAACACUCUGAGCAAAAUACGUCAAUAGUAGUGAGCGAAUUCGAUGAAUUGAAGGCGGCCAUCGAGAAGGGUGGCCUUGACACGCCGGUCACGCUCAAAGAUUUUCUAAACAAGUCUACACUCUUCAAUUUUUUCACUGCAGCCAAUUUGUGUGUGCUCAACCAAUUUUCUGGUAGUUUUUCCAUCAUGAAUUAUAUGGCGAAUAUCUUUGCCGAAUCUGGCUCAACAUUGAAUCCGAAUGUCAGCUGUAUUCUUAUGGGAUCCGUGCAGAUGUUGGGAGCAGUAACGGUUAUAGUAUUUGUGGAACGUUUCGGUCGUCGGCCUUUGCUUUUGUGCUCGGUGGUCGGCAUGAUGGCUAGUAUGUAUGGGUUUGGAGCAUUUGUACAAUUUACAGCCGCAGAAACGAAGGCUGAAUAUAAUUGGGUGCCUAUCGUUUUCAUGAUGCUGGUUGUGUUCAACUCGGCUUAUGGAGUCUUUGGAUGUUUCUUUGCACUCGUGGUUGAAAUGCAUCCAGCGAAGAUUCGAUCAGAGGCUCUAUCGAUUUCCAUGCUAUUUAUCGGUGUACUGCUGUUCAUAACCUUGAAGCUAUUUCCGUAUUUCCUGUUCGAAUUAGGCAUCCCCGUUACUAUGUAUUCGUGUGCCACUGUUUGUGUGGUUACUGGCAUAUAUCUAUUUUUCUUCCUACCUGAGACAAAAGGCAAAUCAAUGGAGAAGGAUUAGAAGAAACAACAGAACAAAUAUUGAAAGCAUAUCUCAUGGGAAUACCUGAUUGUACACCAAAUCAAUAAAAUCAAGAGCUAAAGUGAAAAUUUAGGACAGAAUUAAGACAGAAUUUUUUUUUAUUUAUUGACCUCUCGCGCCAUAGACAUAUUUGUAUGAGCCUAUUUGCUUCGGGGCAAUCGUUUGACGCAAGUGCAUGUGUAUGUAUGGGAUAUAUAUUCAGGACCUCGUCGGACAGAAAGACGUAUAAAUUUUUUAAUAGCAUAGACAGACUGUCGCGUUAAUCGGGACUAACGACUUCAAUCGGAAUUAUCCAAGGAAUUAGGUGCAACUAAUCCAGGCAAUGGCAAACCUCCGAGUGUAUUUCUGCCAUGAAAAAGCUCCUCAUAAAAAUAUCUGCCGUUCGGAGUCGGCUUGAAACUGUAGGUCCCUCCAUUUGCGAAUCAACAUCAAGACGCACACCACAAAUAGGAGGAGGAGCUCGGCCAAAUACCUAACAGAAGUGUACGCGCCAAUUAUUUAUUUAUUUUUUUUUAAUCCAGCUCAAUUACUAAACUUAAUUCCCAUAAUUUUAUUCGAUGGCAGCACUGCCGAAAGACGACAGUUAAUUUUAUAGUGAAUGAAAAAUAAUGAAACUUUUAAAGGGAAGAACGAGAAAAUCUGGAGUCAAUGCUAACACCUUCUGCCAUCUGUAUAGAUAGUUAUUUCAUUUUCCAUAAGGCCGUUAACCCCUUCUUCUUUCGAAGGAAGCAUUGCAAUAAAGGAUUUGUUUAAAUUAAUACCAUUGAUAUUUUUCAUAUUUUUCACCUGUUCCACUUCGGUAUGCCUAUCAAAAAAAAAAUUACUGCGCCUUUUAAAUUUAGUGCACCUUAGUUCCAAUUUAGGGCCUUCUCUCACCACAGAGUAAUUUCUUGGUUUGGUUCAUGGAGGCUCCUGGCAUAUAGUGAGCUGGUGGCCAACAUCAGACCAUUAACCAGCUCUCAGCGUAUUUAAGCCAAUCAGCUGAUUUUCUGACGCAACCAUUAAUGAUAGCGGUUUGUUUACGAAAAACCUCAGACUGUGUUGCUGAUAUAUUUACGUAAAAACCCAACACAGCCUACGCUCAAGUUACAUCGCUGCCGUCUGAACCAUAGAUAAUAAGAUGCGAAACUCUUUUAUUUCGAGUGAUAGCGCGCCCAUGAGCUCGUUUCGAAACUUGGCAGCAUUGACACAUUAUGUGAUUUUGAACAGCUGAUAGGCGAAAUGGCGGGCUGCCAGAGAAAACGCGCCAAAAAUAACUAACGAAAGCAGUUCGUUUUUGCUUAAUGGAGAAAUUACGCGAUAGAAAUGUUUAUAAUUAUUUGUCUUAAAAUUAAUUUAAUUGAAACAUAAUAACUUAUUGUAAUUUGAAAGGAGUUUG